CAGUCACCCACGUGGACUAUAACUCAGUAUAAACGUAUGUACCUAGAGCUUCUUGAUCUAUUCUAAUUCUUCUGACUAGCUAUGCCUAAAAAGAGGCAACAUACCAAAGACAGUACACCACCAGACUUUGAAAAAAAGAAGAGAAAAGUUGGUAAAAGCAAGAAGCCUGCUGAAAACGAGACUACACAGCUUAACUUUAGGAGUGGGUCGAUUGUAGUACCUUCACAACUAGCUGGGCCCAGUGCUGACCAACCCACCACACAUCGGGGCCUCGGAUUAGAUGCACUGCUGACUCAGCUAAAGCAUCCCAAUCAAACUACACGAGUGAAUGCCCUACACGGCCUUAAAGAUCUGCUUCAAUCAAACCUUGAACUCUUACCGCUGAAUCUCGCUAAACUGGUUGAACAAGUUUUAGUUGCCGUUAAUGAUGAAAGUUCUCAAGUACGACACGCUCUAUCCAGCCUCGUCGGUUUCCUCGUCAACAAAUCACCCCUCGAGAAAAUUCUUCCAUUUUCUUCUCUAAUUGUUGCCCACCUCAACUGCGGCCUCACACACAUCAACGAGAGAAUACAAAUUGACGCUUUGAAAAUUCUCGACCAAGUCUUGAACAAGCCAUCAAUUCUAGUGCCUCAUGUGCACACUGUUUUGCCACUACUUGUAAAACUGAUUUCCAGGAAGAAAACUUCGUCGUCUGAGGCUCCAAAAUCGUCUUUUCUGAGCGUUAUGAAAGGGAAAAUCGCAGCAAAGCAAAAAGGCAGUGCUCUUGUAAGCAACCCGGAAAGCAAGCUAGCAGACCAUUCGGCCAAGUUACAGAUUUUAGUACAGGUUUCGAAGUUGUUGGAGGCCGUACUAAGCUCACAAAAUCUCGACGUUACAAAUUCUCGAAAUGAGUCUCUUCGAAUCGGCCCCACCAUAGACACUGUCAAUAAAAUUGUCUUUGUUCCAAACCAAACUACAGGAACCAAUUUCAACCUUGUAGAUUUUUCAUCUCCGAUUCCACAUGUUCCGAUUUUCCGACAUUCUGGAGUCUACUUGUCGUUUGAGCUACCGUCACAAAAACCCUCGGAAAAUUUCGACAAUGUACUUGUCCCGUACUCGAAGCUUCAGCUGAUUCUAUCCAUCUUGUCAGAAUCAUGGAUCGAUUGCUCAGCGAAUUUUUUCUUGAGCAGCUUCAAAGAAUCGACGAAAGAAAUUUCUCUGUUAGAAGUGAUAUUGCAGCUACUGCUGUCCACGCUACGAAUUGCAUUGCUUGCUGGUAGCACAAUUAAAUCAUCGAAUUCUAGCUCUGAGCUCAGGGCGUUUUUGACGAAAUUUUGGGCCGAUUUUCAAGCACAUUUUCUGUCUCGAUUUCCUCUCCUAUCCCAGCCAAACUUCUCGUCUUUCAAGUCCAAUCUGGACUUCAACAUUUGUCUUAUCACGGUCAAGCUGUUGGAGAAUAUACCAAAUGCUCAGAAUGGGAAAGAAGCGCUCACUGCAAUCACAACCUACCUGGCCUCUCUGUCUUCUGUGAAAAUAACUAGCUCGCAAAACACGCAAAGUUUUCAGAAUAUUGUCGAGACUUUGAUCAAAGUGUACGUGAUUCUUGUUUCCCAAAGUAUGGCGUCUUACACGUCACAUGAUCUGUUGUCGACGGUAACCGACGGAGUGUGGAGAGUGUUCACCUCGUGUCACCUCAAGUCUAAGGACAGGCAACUGUUCCAUGAGUGCUUCGGGGAGCUCCUGAAAUCAACCCUCGGGGAGCAUGCAAAGGAUAUGGUGAUGUCGAAGCUGUUAUUGCCGUGGCUACGUUCUGUGCCGGAGCAUCUGGGUGUAGUGACUCUCGUACUGGACCCACUUGUAGAGGGAGUGGGCGGUGUGAGGGGUGUGGAAGAAGUGGAGGCCAUUGUGACGGCCUUGUUUAAGAAUGUCUCCACCAUUCGUCGACUACCAGUCUCGACUCUAAGGAAGGUAGCCGGCCUAGUCUGGAGGAUACCAGCUCAGAGCUUCUUCCGAAGUGUUUGUGUGGAGGCAAUCACGCAAGCAAUACAGAGCGGAGUGAUUGAGUGCAGCGUGGCUGUCUAUCUCGUGCAAACCAUACACCACAAGUUUUCCUAUCAGUGUUCUCCUGCUGAACAAGACAGCGUAGUGGGACACUACCUCAGCUCUAUGCUCAGUGCUGUCAUUGGAUGUAGUAGCAGUAACUUGGCGACUUUUUCCAAAGAGAAGUCUAACAGCCUCACUCCUCCACUAUUCAGUAUUGUCGGAACGGGCGCCUCUCUUGACCAUCUGUAUCGCAACAAAAUCUCCAAGGUGGUGUGUGAGUGUCUGAGUGUGUGCUCAGUGUCAGCUCAAGUUCUGCACAUCCUGGAGCCAACUCUGCUCAGUCUCGCUGAUAUCACGAUGUGUCUACCAUUAGAUACAGUUAUUGGCUUGCUGGCUUUAGGGAAGAGCCUACUCCCGAAGACUGUUCCACUCAUUUCCAAAAAUCUCUCUCUCUUUUUUGCUCACCUCUGUCUAACCCUUUUCAUCACUAUGGAAACGACAUAUGACUUCAGCACAGACCACCCUACAGCACCGAAACUGACCAAUGAAAUCCUCGAAUCCUCUGAGUUGGUCACCGAUACCCUCUUAGCCGAGUUACCAUGCCAACUGUCGAGAGAGCAAACGUCGGGAAAUGCUGUAAAUGUGAUGGCCAUUUUGAAGAGUGUUGUGUCUUUAGUAAACAGUGGACUUGUGGCGCGGUCCAAAGAAGCUGUCGUUGUCCUUCAGAGCGUGGUGACACUAGCUAUGACUGAAGGAAUGGAUUGUGAAAUUGGUCGCUUGGUAACACAGCUGCAAAUGAUGCACUCAAACUUGGCCAUUCAAACCUCCGUCAGACACACAUAGCAGUAAUUAUAUAGUAGUACAGUUGAUUAAGACCUGUAGUAUAUAAUUUUACACUGUACGUUUUAUUCACAGAUAAUAAUUGUUUGCAUUUUUGUCUUCAGUUUGCACAUUCAAUUUCUAAUUUAUUGUUGUCAUUAAUACGUA